UUUUUGUUUUUGUUAUUUACCUUUCUAAGUUGGACAAGAAGAACUGCGGGUCAAUUUUCUUGGUUUGACAAACAUUCCCCACUACAAUUACUGUGUCCGAAGCUUUUCAUUAGCUGAUAUCAAAAUGUUGACAGGGCAAUUUUGAUCCAUUGCACGCAAAAAAACGGCACACAAGUGACCUACAAAUGCAUGCCAAGUAAUAUCCUAAAACACGAAAAUAUAACUGGGGUACAAACAACUUAUCCCUGUCCUUUAUUUUGAUUCUCAAGCAAACUGACGAUCUACUUCCUGAAUCAGUCAUGUGGUUCGGCCCGUCCACGAGGCUUAAACGUCACCACGUGCUCCAUCAACCCGCCUCCAUGCGCGCUUCAUUCAAAUCUAAAAUUACCGGACACGCCUCGAAGCCUCGACACAGAAACGCAUAGUGAAGAAAAUGACUGACGCUGGUUGUUGGGAGCCGGAUUACCUGGUAGAUGGCAUCCAGUCGGACUUAUUGAUGCCUACAGACAAGACAGAUUCCUCCAACACCAUGUUCAUCAGGACCAGUUCUGGAAAUCAUAUCCCUCGGUCUGUCUGUGUGAACCUGGAGCCCACUGUCAUGGAUGUUAAGCAGAUUCUGGUGGUUAAAGAAGAAGCCCCAGAAGACCAAAAACCUAAUGCAGACCUGUAUGACCCAAAACGCCAACACAUAAAGGAGGAAGACGAGGAAGUCUGCAUCAGUCUGAGGGGAGAGCUACUCAAAGUGAAGGAGGAGAUAGAAAGUGGCAUAAAGAGUGAGGAUGACAAACAGCCCCCUCUGCUCUCAGAGGGGGCUGGUCUUUAUCAAGACCAAAUUAAAGACAGAGAACUUCCAGAAGUAAAGAAUGAAGGAGAAUCUAUCAAGACAGAAGAUUUUGAAGGUGGUUCCAGGUCCUUCAAGCAUGAAGACACCAUGAAGGAUGAAGAGGAAGACGAUGUAAAGUAUUCUGUCCCUGAGAUUAAACAUUUGUCAGACUCUGCCCCCCCUCCAGUCACAGUCCAUGUCCUUAGUUUUCAGUACAGAGCUCCUGAGUCAAAUGGAGACCUUGUUGGCAAACUAGAUUCAGAAGUAGGUUUAAUAGAGAACAAAAAUGUUAGCUCACAAAGAAAGGCCCAGAAAGGAUGGAAGGUGAACUGUGAAGUCUGUGGCAAAACAUUUUUUGAAAAACGGAAUUUAAACACUCACAUGAGAAUCCACACAGGAGAGAAACCUUUCUGUUGUAAAGUAUGUGGACAUAGAUCGUGUCAAAAAUCAAGUUUAAACAGACAUAUGAUAAUCCACACGGGACAGAAGCCUUUCUGUUGUGACCUCUGUGGACAUAGAUUUACCCUUAAAUCAAGCUUAAACAGACACAUGGGAAUCCACAUGGGACAGAAACCUUUUUCUUGUGAUCUCUGUGGACACAAAUGUAGCCAAAAAGUAAAUUUAAACUCACACAUGAGGAUCCACACAGGACAGAAACCUUUCUGCUGUGAUCUCUGUGGACAUACAUUUAGGCGCAAGUCACAUUUAAACACACACAUGAACAUUCACACUAGACAAAAAAUAACUCCUUUAUGAUGACUCAUACCGCAGAGCAUCAGUUCACUGUGAAAUAUUCAUGUUGUCAUUUAAGGCAACAGUCUUCACUUUUAAUCUUAAAACGUUUAAUAUGAUUUACAGAAUUGCUUAGUAAAGUGACUGAUGGUUUCGUAGCAAGGCCUGUUUUUUUUCUACCAUAUUUCAUGUAUUGUCCAGACUGAGCUGUAGCAAAGGUGUGUAUUUAGCUCAUGUGUUUAUCCAAGGUACACAAGGGGAAAUGUUUGUGUGAUGCACAGAAUGUAAACACUGAGUUAAAGGGGACCUAUCUUCAGAAUCCACUUUUUUAUGUAUGUUGAGUGUCUAGGACUGCAAAAAAAAAAUGCUGAAUAUACAUCUUUAAA